CUAAAAAUGGAUUUGUUAAGAAUUUUGAAGUUUAUAAUUAGGCUAUUUAUUGUAUUGGUGGUGGUCAAUGCUGCAGUCAGAAUUAUUGCAGAGCAUCAUGAUCCAGACAAUAACAAGCUUAUUACGAACAGAUUCAAACACAGACUUGAGAUUAUGAAUAACAUAACCAGUAGUGCCUACUCUUCGCUGGCUUCUAGACUAAACCUUCCUCCAAUUCCUAUGAUGGAGGACUUUUCAGUAUGAAUUCUAACCAAUUCUGAACGUAUUCUCUUAACAUUCGCAUACUUACAGAUUUUUCUAUGAGGAUGAGUGGUCGUGAACACCAGGAAAGGAGCGAUUUUACUUAACUUGAGCUUGAUCUUAAUGGGCAUGUUUUCACUCAAUUUCUCGUUCUUUUAUCAAACUAGAGGUGAUGAAGAGGCUAAAGAUCAGAGUGGUGAAGAAUCUGAAGACCCCAGAGAAUUAUUGAUAUUCAUGAUCUUGUUCUUCACAAUGGAAAUAAUAGGAAGUUUACACAUGAAAGACUCCCAAUCGAUUCCUGGGUUGACACCAAUGCUCGAGAAGGAACCUAAGAAGAUCAGAAGAGUUAACAGAGAGAUUCAUAAAAACUCAAAGUUCAGGAAGGAACAGAGAAAGAACAAGUUUAGAGAGAAUUAA